AGAAAAAGGCGAAGUGGCGGCAGCGAUGGAGGUAUAAAGAAACGCACGCCGACUUUAGCAAAAAGAAAAAAGAAGAGAAAAGAAACGCACGCCGUCGCGUACGCCGGACGCUGCUGCUGUGCCUGUGCUCUGCUGAGGAAUCCGGUGCUGCUCUCCACUCUUCCUCUUAUCCGCGAUCUCCCAUCCUUUCUCGCCCCACUCCCUCUCUUCUUCUUCGGAACAUCUCUGGUCCUUCUCCGGGAUCCAUCAAUUUUUUCGAAUGGAGGUACUUCGCUUGCUCUUUAAUCGAUUCUUCGGCCAUUUUUGGACUAGUGGACCAAGCGAUAAAAAUAAAGCAAUGGUGGAGUAUUUGCAGCAAUAUGGAAUAAUCAAAUCAAAGAAAGUGGCAGAAGUAAUGGAGGCAAUUGAUAGGGGUUUAUUUGUACCUGCUGGAAACCCACCCUAUGUUGAUAGCCCUAUGCAAAUAGGUUAUAAUGCAACUAUAUCAGCACCUCAUAUGCACGCAACUUGUCUAGAACUGUUAAAAGAACAUCUGCAGCCAGGAAUGCAUGCUUUGGAUGUUGGUUCAGGGACUGGGUACCUAACAGCAUGCUUUGCAAUGAUGGUCGGACCUGAAGGUCGUGCCGUAGGUGUUGAACACAUUCCUGAGCUGGUUACUUCUUCCAUUGAGAAUAUCAAGAAAAGUGCAGCAGCAUCAUUGUUGAAAGAAGGUUCUCUUUCUGUACAUGUUACUGAUGGAAGGUUGGGUUGGCCAGAACUGGCACCAUAUGAUGCCAUCCAUGUUGGUGCUGCAGCACCUGAGAUACCUCAACCACUUGUUGAGCAGUUGAAGCCUGGUGGCAGGAUGGUGAUCCCUGUUGGCACCCUUUUCCAGGAUCUGAAGGUAGUUGAUAAGAAGCUGGAUGGUUCUAUCAAUGUUAGAAGCGAAACAUCUGUACGAUAUGUUCCACUCACAAGUCGAGCAGCCCAGCUACAUAAUUACUGAGGGUAAUUACUUCUGUGAAUUUUAUGAUAUGCCAAUGCUAGCAACGAUAUCAUCUUUGUUUGAAUGUCAUGUCAAGUCUACGAGACAUAGUGAAACUGAAACCAGGGACCAUGACGCCUCUGGUCACCUAGAGUAUGGUUGAAAGCAACUAUGGCCAUCAUCCAACGAAAAGAGAUGCUUGUACAGCUUAAUAAGAUUGUACAAUAUACUAUAGUGUUUGCAGGUUGUGGUUUAUUAUCACAUGCAAGUCGGUCAAUCUUAUCUGGUUGCUCUGUACAUUGUGAUGACCAAGUUAAAUUGCACGUACUUGUAAAUAUUGCUUGUCGUAUCCAAUGAUAAAGAUGUGCUUUGCUGCUA